AUGAGCAGCCGCGCCAUUCCUCUCCUUCGCCUGAUCGAGAAUGUAACCACCAAAUCCCGCAAUAAGACCCAACUCUUGCCCAAGAAAUACAGUCUACAGAUUGCAUGUCACGUCAAACCGAACGCAUCCAGCUCCCGAGAAGGUAUCACAGCGGUGGGAGCAGAGAAAGUCGAUGUCUGCGUUGCCGCCGUGCCCAGGAACGGAGAGGCGAAUGCAGCUGUAUCGCGGGUGUUUGCCCAGAUAUUCGACGUUCCCAAGUCCAAUGCGGAAGUAAUCCGCGGCCUGAAAUCGCGCGACAAAACUCUUUGUAUCACUGAUCUCGAUAUUGGGAAAGACGGAGAAGAGCAAUUUUUAAAAGGAGCUCGCCAGAGACUCGAGGAGGCCAUCAUUAAGAACAAUUGA